AUGGACCACGCGCACAUGGAUCACUCAAAGAUGGACCACUCCGCCAUGGACCACGGCGAUAUGGGAGGCCACGGAAUGGGAGGCGGCAUGGGCGACCGGUGCAGCAUGAACAUGCUCUUCACCUGGGACACCAAGAACCUCUGCAUCGUCUUCCGCCAAUGGCACGUCCGCUCCACCAGCGGCCUUGUCAUCUCGCUCCUCCUCGUCGUCGCACUCGCCGCAGGCUACGAAGCCCUCCGCGCCGCAUCCCGCCGUUACGAGAACUCUGUGAACAAGCGCGUCGACUCUCUCCCGAGACGCGAACAGGCAGAGGCCAGCAGGAGCGCACACCUCGUCAAGGCCGCCCUCUACGCCGCCCAGAACUUUUACGCCUUUAUGCUCAUGAAAGAGGCGAUUUUGGAAGAUGCGCAACUUGCAGAGAAGAAGGAAAUUCUGCACGAUGCAAGGAAGAAGCGACUGACGAGACACAGGCUCGUUUUCAUGACAUACAAUGGCUGGGUCAUGGUCGCCGUCGCUAUCGGCGCCUUUGUGGGAUACGCCGCAUUCGGCAGCUCAACAUCCUCGACCAAGGACAAUGCAUGCCAUUAA